AUGCCUACCCACACUGCUCCGGUCGUCCCUCCUCGACCGGCUCGAUCACCACAACCGCACGCCUCAAUAGACAUGCCAAAGAUACCCCCACGCCCGGCGAAUCGCCGCCUGGACCGAUCGGUCUCUCCGAUGCGGGAUAGCUAUGCGCCAUCUCCCUUCAAUGAGUGGAGCGGACCCAGUAUGAGCCGUACCAUAUCGAAUGAUCUCCCCCCACGCCCACCGAGUGUCACAAUACCAUCGUUAGGCGAGGAGGGGAUUGAGUAUGCUGAUCUUGAUGUCGGAAAUAUGUCGGACAGCCAUCAUCAGGCGCCAGCAGAGACGCGCAACAUCAGCACUGACCUCAAAAUCCAUGCACCACGCCCUUCUUUGCCCACAUCAAGCGCUAAGGCAAGAGUGCAGGCGGUCACCCGUACGGAUUCCCGGCAGGCCGCAGCCGCGGGGUUGGGCCGUGAAAGCUCUGAUUCCCCAGCAAUGGAGGAGCAGGAACGUUCUAGCCGCACGUUGCACUCCCGGGCAAGUGGCUCGCGGGCCGAGUCCACCGCGUCAUCCGACCGUCGGCUUUCCGCACAGCUCGGCGAAGAGCAUGGCUUCCGAGUUCCCAUGUACCCGAACGCCGGUGACGUCCAGGCACCAUCCCCAAGUCCUUACCUUGAACAGGGCUCACAGCGGCAAGGCCGCAAUCAUCACCGCUCUCGCAGUGCCCGGGAUUCCUCUCUGCCCCCCGGAAGUUACGGCCUGCAUGGGCAUGGCGUUCAGCACACUGAUAAGUUCGAGAAGGCAUGGUAUGACAAGCAUCCGGAUGAGUUCGUCAAGGAAGAAGGACAAUAUGGCCCUGGCGUGGGAACCCCUCGACCCGAUUGGGCUCUGAGCAGCGAUGACUUAAACAAAAUUGUUCGCGGUUACGGUUCUGGUAGCUCAGGCCUUGGCACGUCUCCUGCCAUCGCGGGCACCCCGGACGAAGAAGUGGGAUACCUCGCUUCGGACGAGUACAUGCAUCGCAUUGCGUCUCCGCCGCCCGAUGCCCGCCACGAGACCCAACCCGCCGUGGAAUCCCCUCUUCGGCAGAUGAGUUUCCCGGCCUCCGAGAUUGAGCCUAAAGUUCCCGCCUCACCAUUGCGGCAUGGCCGGAGUACCUCGCGCGGGCAUCAUUCGGACGGCGACGUGAUCCAUGUCGAUGAUCCGAUGCACCCUCUUCACCAUCCAGACGGAUUCGCUCCUACCCCGGCACCCCACGAGCAUGCACUGGAGGUUGAUGAGCCCUUCGAGGAAGACGAGCCUAUUUUGGCUGCUGAUGAAGUGCGCCCGGAUUCCGCCUAUCUGCACCCCGCAGUUUCGCCCACGUUCGACCAUCGCGCAAGCUUUGACGAGGAGCGCAGCCGCACCCCAAGCGCCUCGCACAGUCGCUCCAACAGCAGAUCCGCAAGUGCUCAAGGUGCGCCUAUGCUGACUCGCUUUGAUUCCCGUGAGCUGCAUGAUGAAACGUUCACUCCCCUGGAGGACGUCGAGGAAUAUGAGCCCCUGUUCCCCGAUGAGGGGGAUGCCAAGAAGCAACGCUCUCUUUCAGCCUCUGAGCGUUUCAAGAAGCGCCCGGAUAUGCUCAAGCACAGAUUCCCCAGCGAAGAUAUCUGGGAGGAUACCCCGAACAGUCUGCAGCUCCACGCCACUGUGACUACCCCAGAUAUUCCGAAGCGUGAUUCUUUUGGGGCUUUUGAGACCCCCGAACAAGAGGCUGUGCGGAAGAUGCAAACUUCCAAGGUCAAUUCGCAUCAAGUCGCGCGUCAAAUUCUUGAAGGAGAGGGCGCUCGCGAUAAAGUCAAAGCGCCUGUUCGGCCCGAUGCGAUUAAGCAACGGUUCCCUAGUAGAGACAUCUGGGAAGAUGCCCCUGACAGUCAGCAACUGGUGACCACUGUCGAGCCAACUACAGAUGAAGUCAAGAGCCCAGAAGUGCCAUCGAAACCAUCAAUUCCUCCUCGGCCGCAGAAGCAAGCACAGGCAACAUCGCCAACCGACAAGCGUCAACCACCUGUCAUUCCAGACAGACCGAAGCCUCAGAUUCCAUCUCGACCAGCUAAGUCUGUCUCUCAGGCCUCACCCGAAGCCGCUGCUGCAUCAAAGCCAAAGCCCGCGGUUCCCGCCCGUCCAGGUGGCAGCAAGAUUGCGGCUCUGAAGGCCGGUUUCCUCACAGAUCUGAACUCGCGUCUUCAGUUGGGUCCCCAGCAACCCAAGCCCCAGGAGAAAGAGCCCGAACCACCAGCAGAGAAGCAGCCGCUUAGUGAUGCUCGUAAGGGAAGAGCCCGUGGCCCGGCUCGACGAAAGCCCGCGGCAGAAAACGCCAAUGCUAGACUGCCCACUAUCCCGGAGAUCAAGAUCACUGAAACGUGGAAUGUGUGGUCAGUUGGUGCAGAUGGCAACCUAACCGUGGGCAGUGAAGAUACUAAGCCUUCUGUCUCCGCGACUGAGACUUCUAUUCCUUCCGAAACCCCAAUGGCACCAGAGUUAGCCAAGAACACUGCCGGCGAACCUGUUGAUCCGACCCCAGAGUCUCCUGUAGUUGGUAAGGUCUCGCCUAGCACUGCUGCAGCCCCGGAGGUCGAACCAGUUCAGGAACCAGUCCAGGCGCAAGCCUCGAUAGAGUCCCCAAUUCCUGUUGAAAUCCCUCCAUCAGCCGCUGAGCUCACUUCCAAGCCAGAAGAACCCAAGCGACCGGCAGUUGGAGCCCGGCCCCCUCGCCGAAGCCGUCUCCUCGACCGAGGUGGAUGA